UUCCAGAAGCCACAGGCUCUAUCUCCUGGCACUCUGUCCAGGACUCCUGCAGGCACACACGCAAGUCGUGAGGCCCUGUGGGUCCUGCACAGGAGCUGUCCUGGAGCUGACUGGGUGUGGGGCACUGAGGAAGCCCUGGAGAAGAGACUGCUACAAGGGGCAGCAUGAGCCGGCUGCCGCCAGCAGGCCCGUCGGAAACAGCAGCAGCAGAAGGCCUAUGCCCCAUCUGCCUGAGUGACCUUGAAAACGCCACCUGUGUGGAGGUCUGUCGGCAUCGCUUCUGCUUCGUCUGUAUUCGUGAAUGGGCCAAGCUGACAGAGAGCUGCCCACUGUGCAAGCAGCCCUUCAAGCGGCUGCUGUGCACUGCGGGCAGCAGCCACAAGGAACAGGCAGCUGCCCGGCCUGCCCGCCGCCAAAGACAGGCGGCCAGGAUCCGGAGCAGAUCCCCACAGCAGCACAACUCCCUGAGUCGCAGGCGUGCUGACACCCAGCGCUCCCCGGGGAGAAGGGGGACAGAGGGGACACACCGAGUGCAGAGGGAGCCGGUGGCUGUGCUGUCCUGCGAUGCCACUUCACAGCAGGCUGCUGCAGCCAGCACUUCUCAUGAGGGAACGCCACCGAGCGCAAGGGAGCACCUGGCUAGCCCUGCUGCUACACCAGACAGGGCUGCUUCAGAUCCUACAACAAUCUGACUGUUUUCACCUGCAAUAAACAGCCAGGUGCUUUCAGUUUUGGAA